UUCCUGGCGAUCAGAAGAGAAGUCAUUUCCGGUGCAAAAAAUGGCUGACAGGUUAACGCAACUCCAAGAUGCUGUUAAUUCUCUCGCAGACCAGUUCUGCAACGCUAUCGGCGUGCUGCAACAAUGUGCGCCGCCCGCAUCGUUUAACAACAUCCAGACUACGAUCAACAAGGACCAGCCGUCAAACCCCACAGAAGAGUAUGCACAGCUGUUUGCUGCACUGAUUGCCAGAACAGCAAAGGACAUUGACGUGCUGAUUGAUUCCCUGCCCAGUGAGGAGUCCACCGCAGCACUGCAGGCAGCCAGCUUGAGGCAGCUGGAAGAAGAAAACCAUGAGGCAGCCGCACGUUUGGAGGAGGUGGUGAACCGUGGGGACAUGCUGCUGGAGAAAAUCCAGAGCGCUUUAGCUGAUAUUGCCCAGUCACAGCUCCGCACCAGGAGUGGUGCACCCAGCCAGCCUCCAGUGCUGGACUCCUGCCACUAGGGGGCAUCUGUUAGCUUUGGACACUGGAGGAAGAAAAAAAUAUACCAUUUUUGUUAUGAAAUGUAAUUUUCUUUUUUUCUGAUGCUGUACAGAAUAUAAUGUUUGUUUGCAUUUAAGUCAUGAUUUUUUUUUGUUUUGUUUUACUUCAUUGACCUCAUUGUUAGUAUCCCCUUUAUAUUUAUACAAAUACAAACACAUUCUACUUGGA